GCUCUGUGCGUCUCACCGGAGGUCUCCAAACAUGUUGACCAUGUCCGAGCAGAGAGAGAAGGUGCAGCAGUCCAGGGUGGUGAACCCCAGGGCGGUGUGUGGGGUGUGUGGACGUCUGUACAGGGACCCCAAGAUCCUCCCCUGCCUGCACACCUUCUGCUCGGACUGCGUCGGCCGGCUGGAGACGUUCUCAGUGUCCAGGAGCCAGGAGGAGGAGGAGGAGGAGGAGGAGGAGGAGGUCACGGUGCUCUGCCCGGACUGCGACUCUGAGGUGGACAUCCCUCCGUCGGGACCAGGAGGGCUGAGCACCGACCACCUGGCUCUGGAUGAGGUCUUCCUGGAGACCCUGGUGACGGACGGACCGCUGGGGUGCGACCUGUGAGGAGGAGGAGGAGCAGAGAGCCGCUGCGACGUCUGCUGCGUCAACCUGUGCGCGUUCUGCUGCCAGGCGCACAGGCGUCAGAAGCGAACAGCGUCUCACUCCGUUCAGCGUCUGGAGGAGCUGAAGUCUCGCGGUCGUCUGAGCCGGCCGGUCCUCUGCUCGCUGCACCCGGGCCAGGAGCUCCGGCUCUUCUGUCAGCCCUGCGACCUGCCCGUCUGCCUGGAGUGUGCCGCCACGCUGCACCGCGACCACCGCUGCUGCCCCACCCGUGACGUGAUCGAUCGCCAUGGAGACCGCAUCCGGGAGGUGGUGACGGUGCGCCUGAGACCUCGCAUGGAGCGUCUGAAGGCCUCACUGCAGAAGGUGGAAGUAUCCCAGGAGGCUUUGCAGACACGCGUGGAUGCGACAGGGAACGAGGUGAGGGAGUUUGCGCGAGCGUACGCCAGCGCUGUGGAGGCCCACUGCCUGUCUCUGCUGCACCGCCUGGAGGAGCUACGAGUCCAACGCAGGAACCAGCUCCACCUGCAGAGGGCUCAGCUGCAGCAGGCUCUGCUGGACGUUGGCAGCAGUGUGGAGUUUGCAGAGAGGCUGCUGAGCUGUGGCUCGGACGUGGAGAUCCUCAGCGCCAAAGGAGUGACCCUGAGGAGACUGACCAGCCUGGCAGAGACGGGCUACGACCCGCACCCGGCUACCAUCGCCCCUGACGACUGCAGCGGCAUCAGCUUCAUGGCCAGGGAGCCGGCUGGGGAAGUGGAGGGCUACCCACUGGUCGGGGUGAUCAACACCAAGACUGUGGACCUCAGCAAGUGCACCAUGGAAGGAGAAGGUCUCCAGAGGGGCGUGGAGGGCCAGCGGGGCCACUUCACCCUGGUGUGCAGAGACUCGGCCGGGGAGCAGGUGGAGCGAGGCGGAGAACAGGUCCAGGUCAGCAUCGUCCACAAGGAGAAGAAGAGCUGCUCAGUGGAGACGACGGUGUCUGAUAACAGCGAUGGAUCCUACAGAGUUUCAUACACACCUGAGGAGACAGGAGACUACUCAGUGUGGGUCUGUGUGAAGGCUCAACAUGUCAAGGGUUCUCCGUUUCUUCUGCACGUGAAGAGGAAGUUGAGGCGUCACGGCGGAACGUUCCACUGCUGCUCGUUCUGCUCCAGCGGAGGAGCCAAAGAGGCUCGAUGUGGCUGCACAGGAACCAUGCCAGGAGGAUUUAAAGGUUGCGGUCACGGUCAUAGAGGACACCCGGGGAAGCCCCACUGGUCUUGUUGCGGCAGCACAGCGGAGCAGUCCGAGUGUUUACCUCAGAGCGUGUUGGCUGCUGUUUCUCCACGAGGACACCUGAGGACCGUGGAGCUCUGAGGAGACGAGGACACGAGGAGAAAAAUAGAUAAGAAAAAUAAAUUAAGGAACUUCUUUCAUCUGUUCAUAAGUCACAUUCAUAGGUGAGAAAACAUUUAGAUCAGACUUAGAAAAUAGAUCUCUACAUUUUUAUUCUUCACUUCCUCUUAAGGCUUCCGUAGAUUGAUCAAUGAUUAGUAACAACAUUGAUUUGGAUGCAAUUCAAUUUUUUGUGCAGUUGCAGAUUAACAAAAAACUCCCACUGUUCUAUUAUUACUGCUUAAAAAUACUCUAUAUUAAUAUAGUUCACAAUUCCACAAUGUAUUUAAGCCAACAGCAGUCCUUAUCAUAGCAACCAGAUAUGAAUUAUUUUUCAGAUCUUUUAUUCUAAACUAUCAGGUUGUUUACAUCAUGCCACUGUUUUUUUUUUUUAUAAAAAGAAAACCACAAAAAUGGAAUUAAGUUCUAUAUGAUAACUGUUGGAUAACUAGAAUGUUUUUCUCAGGGCUUCCAUAGAUAAAAGAAAAACCUUUCUGAAGGGCUGAUCUAUCUCUGAGAGAAGAGAUUUUUUUAACCUUAAAGCUUCUGUAGAUUUGAAAAGGUGCUGAAAUCAGUGUUUUAUAUCUUUAAAGUAAAACUCAUCUAAAUAGAAACAUUUAUUUAAAUGUUGAUCUUCAUUACUUUUUGUAAUUUCUAUAUCUUUCAUUGCCUUCGCCCAUUGACAGCUGAGAUCGGCUCCAGCACCCCUGCAACCCUUAACUGGAUAAGCAGGUUACGGAAAAUGGAAUGGAUGGAUAUAUCUUUCAUAUUUCAUGUUACAUUUUAUUAAAAAAUAAUCAAUAUUUAUUGAUGACUUGAUGCCUUAGUUUUGGUGCCACACACUGUUUACAAAAGUCAGAGUAAAUUCAUUUACCAUUUUUUCUGUGAAUACUUUUAAAACACUGUAGCCUGUAUUCUUCUUAUUAUGUAAACCACUACAUUUGGCUUUUUGCCCAGUGCACAUUUAGACUUUGCAUCUCAAUGUGGAGCGCUAAUUAACGUUCUUAACGAGGAGAAAGUCCGUCAGACGAGCUCAGAGAGGUGUUUCUGCUCUGGUUUCAUUAGCUGGUGAUGAGGGGUUUUAUCUGGAGAACACGGUGACCUGGAGGAGCCGUCAGCCUCCUCUCUGAAUACAAAGCUGCUCCUCUCCUGAGGCCGAGUCACUGCUCUGACCAGAAACAUAAUGAGCCACUUAAUGUGGAUUUUCUGUAUUCUGAACAAGACGUAUCUUCAGUGUGAGAGCAAAUACAUGUGUUGUUUUUUUAAUGCUACUGAUGAAUAUUUAAAUAGACCUAUGCAAAUACUCGAGGAGGACUUGUGUUUUUGAUUUGUGGUCUGAGAUCGAUCCAGGAUUAAAGAAUCAAAAUGCUGUUGUUGUUCAUGUACAUUCAUCUAAGUAAUGUUUUUGUCUGCUACACACAUUUUUACUGAGACGUUUAAGCCUGUACAAUCAGAAUAAACACACUUUU